GUGAUAUAACCGUAAACAGUAACAAAAUUUCAGCAGGUUUGACAAGACUUAGAGCAUCUGGAUUCCGUGAUGAUAUCGAGAAUUUAAAAUUAACUCUUUCUUUCAUCGAUGACAAUAGCCUAAGACUUGUGAUAAAUGAUGCAAAUCCAAAGGCUGCCCGAUUUGUUCCUGAUAUUGGAUUAAACUAUGAAAUCAAAGAAAGAAAAAAAUGAGCUUUAUCUUGUAAAUUUGACUUCUGAUGGUUCUUUGCUUAUCACUAGAAAAUCUUCUGGUGCAAUAGUGUUCCAAACUGAGCUGUCACGGUUAGUUUACAGUGAUCAAUUUUUACAAAUAUCCUCGUAUACUGCGUCAAAGUAUCUUUAUGGAUUUGGCGAACACAAAGAAGGUAUCCUUAAAUCUUUCAACUGGAAUCGGUUAACUUUGUUCAAUCAAGGAGAUUUACCAGUGCCCAACAGGAAUCUUUAUGGUACUCAUCCAUUUUAUUUAGUUGUAGAGCCUGGUGGAAAUACUAAUGGUGUAUUUCUUUUCAAUAGUAAUGCCAUGGAUGCUUUGUUGCAACCUACCCCUGCUAUUACGUUACGUUCAAUUGGUGGGAUUUUGGAUUUAUUCAUCAUGCUCGGUCCAACACCAACAGAUGUUGUCAAACAGUAUACGAGCAUAGUUGGUCGAACUUUCAUGCCUCCAUAUUGGAGUCUUGGAUUCCAUAUAUGUAAAUAUGGUUAUUUUAGCCUUAAUAAAACAAUAGAAGUAUUGGAGCGUAAUUUAGCAGCAGAUAUUCCUAUUGAUGUUCAGUGGCAUGACAUCGAUUUCAUGCACAGAAAUUUAGAUUUCACUUACGAUCCUGUAGACUUUAAAGGACUUCCAGAAUUUGUGGAAAAACUUCAUAAUGAUGGCAGACAUUACGUAGCCAUGAUUUCGCCUGGAGUAUCAGAUGUUGAAGAACCUAACACAUAUGCUCCUUAUGAUGAGGGCAAGAAAUUGGAUCUCUUCGUUAAAGAUGUUAAUGGUUCAUACAUUCAUGGAAAGGUGUGGAACACAAAUUAUACUGUCUUUCCCGACUUUAGUAAUCCUAAGACUCCUCCUUACUGGGCAAAACAAUUUGAUGUUUAUCAUUUAAAAUUGCAUUAUGAUGGGAUAUGGAUAGAUAUGAACGAGCCUCUUAAUUUUCUUAAUGGUUCAGAUGUAGGAUGUCCCGAUUCUCCCUUGGAAGAUCCUCAGUAUUUACCUGGCAGGCCAUAUCCCUUGCGGACACUAACUUUGUGCAUGACGGCAAAGCACCUGAAAACGGAACAUUACAAUGAACACAAUCUUUUAGCUUAUCGAGAAGCUCAUGCUACAUACAAUGCUAUAAGAGAUGUUCGAAAGAAAAGACCUUUCAUAAUUUCUAGAGCAACUUUUUCUGGACAGGGACAGUGGAGUGGUCACUGGAGUGGUGAUAUAACUUCUAACUGGGAGGACAUGAGAUACACAAUACCAUCAAUGCUUAUGUUUAAUUUUUAUGGGAUGUCAAUGAUUGGCUCUGAUAUCUGUGGAUUUAGGCUGAAUGUUACUGAAGACCUUUGUGCAAGAUGGCAAUCUCUUGGUGCUUUUUAUCCUUUCUCUAGAAAUCAUAAUGAUUUUGAUACUUUUGAACAAGAUCCUGCUGCAUGGGGUCCUGAUGUUAUUGAUGCCACGAAAAAUUCUUUACGCACUCGAUACUAUUUACUUCCUUAUCUUUACACUCUCUUCUAUAAAAGUCAUAUUUUCGGUGAAACUGUCAUUCGUCCAUUAUUUUUUGAAUUUCCUGACGAUGCUAAUACCUAUAGUAUUGACGAAGAAUUUCUUUGGGGUCCAUCAUUGAUGAUACUGCCUAUUCUUUAUGAAAAUGCUGUAAAAGUUGAUGCAUAUUUUCCAAAAGGUGUCUGGUAUGAUUUUUAUUCUGGAAAGUCAAUGAAAAGUAAAGGAGAAAAAUUUACUCUGGAAGCAAACAUUACUCACAUUAAUGUUGCUGUUCGAGGCGGUGCAAUUUUGCCUCUUCAGUUACCUGGAAAAACUACUGUGGAAAGCCGUACAAAUGCUUUUGAUUUACUGAUAGCAUUAGAUGAAAACAACGCUGCAACUGGUGAGCUUUAUUGGGAUGAUGGUGAUUCUUUAGAUACAUAUGAAAACGAAAACUACAACUUGAUCUCAUUUUCUGCCAAAGAUAAUGUUACAACAACCAAAGUCCUGAAGAACAAGUACAUCUCAAUUAUGGAUCUGAAUGAAGUUAAAAUAUUUGGAAUUGAUACUAUUAAAUCUGCAACAAUUAACAAUGAAAGUGUGCCGUCCUAUUCAAAUUCGAAUUAUUGGAUCGUAAAUGCCACAGGCUUCUCUCUCCUUGAUGAAUUGACAAUUUCUUGGACAUGAGUUUUUCAUUAGUAUGCUUAAAAUACUACUGUUAUUUAGCUACAAAAUGUAAUUGAUAUUUUACAAAUAUUUUCAAUCUCCAUUCCACAAGAGAGUUUUUUUUUCUCCAUAAAUAUUCAUUUCACUCAUUAUUUGUAUAAAUUUUGUUUUCAGAGUUAUCAUCAAUAUGUAUAUUUGCAUGAUCUGAAUUAUAAGACACUUUGCAAUUUUUACUGUACCAUUAAUUUUUUACAUUUACAGUAAAAUCCUGUUGCAACAAAUACCAACACCACGAAAUUCCCGAUACAACAAAUAAAUUUGUGGUCCCUUGAAGUUCAUUGUAACAGGAUUUCACUGUAUUUUCAAUUAACCCUGAAAUAAUUUUAGUUUGUAUACGCUAUAUUUUUUUCAUGUUUGAUUACCAUAGACAAUAAUUUGUCUGAAAUUUGUGACUAAAGGUGCAAUGCUUUUUGGCUUGACCCCAGAUCCAGAGUAUGUAAUUAAUUGUAAUGUGCAAUUUUGAUUUUAAAAUGAUUGACUUGCCCAUUUUCUUUCCUUAUGUUAAGAAAAUUUUGCAACUGUUAGAUAUGUUAGGCAUUUAUUGUGUACCACGCAAUUUUUUAAAAAAAUCAUCAGUAAUUUAUGUUUUAGGUGGAAAAAAUCAAUGUAUGUUGGAAAUUAAUGGACCACUGUUGAGAAGUUUUACAUUCCUAGCAUUAUGUUACUUCACAAAAAAAUUUGUCCUGUAAAUAAAUGUGUAACAACCGAAUAUUAAAAAUAUAUUGCUGCUGCUAGCAUUUUUCCAACUUCAUGAAAAUAAAUUCAAAUAGUUUAGCACUUUAAAUAAAAAUUAGGCAUAAAAAAAUACUAUGAAUAGUGAGUCAAGUGAAAUUAUGAAAAAAUUUAGUCAUUAAUUUAAGAAAGGAAUCUCUACCUCCAUUCCUGUAUUACUAAACUGAUGCUUAGGUAUCCAAAUUAUUUUUAUUAGAUUCAUUGUUUUUUAUUAAGAAAUUUAAUAAUGGUCCAAAGUUUUUUUUAUAAAGUUUAAUUAUUGAAUGAAGAGUGAGAGAUUACUUGAUGUGAUUUAAUAUUUUCCAUGUGUUGUUUCUGCUUACAGUUGUAAGUAUGGGAACUAUGCAUAUGAUUUUCACACAUAAGUUCUGUUUCAAGAACUUGCUAUAUUUUGGGGCAUGAAAUUGAUUACAUUUAUGUACAUAAAUUUAUUUUUGUACCAUAUUGUUGUACAAUGAACAUUUGAAUGAUUGUUAAUUAUGUACUGUUAUUGUUGCUCUGCUGACAUCAAAAUAAAGACAUUUUAGUUUUA